AUGGCUUCUUAUACUGGCAGUUGUAAUUGUGGCUCUGUCACUGUCACACUCGCUACAGCCCCUUCUAUGACUUAUGCUUGCCACUGCUUGAACUGUCGCCGUGCAGGCGGACCCUUCUCCAUGAAUUAUAUCCUCGGUGAAGACGAAGUGACUGUUCAUGAUUCCAAGAAUUCAAGAAAGCAGUACAUUGAUACCAAUACGAUAUCCAAAGCCACAGUAAAGGUGCGUGUUUUGUAG